UCAGACGCGCUGCACGUCGCAGAGAGCCCGCCGUGACGUCACCGCGUCGGACUGAAUGAAGCGUCAUUCUUUCUGAUGUAGAGCGGCGCGGCGGCCUUUCUUUGCUGCUCUACAGUCCUGUCCCGCCUCAAGUCUUUUUCCGCCCGCGCACCGGAAUUCAGCGCUCAACUCGUCGAAUAGCCAUGGCUCCGAAGGCGACUAUUCUCGCCGCCUGCCUGCUCCUCGUGGCCGCUCUGGGCUCCGGGGUUUCGGGGGACGGUUUGGUGAACGAGGACGUGAAGAGGACCGUUGACCUGAGCUCCCAUCUGGCCAAGACCACCGCGGAGAUCGUGUUGUCCAACCAGGGUAACUCCGGCGUCCAGAGCUUCGUACUGGCGGUGGAGGCGGACCUGGCCCCGCACCUGGCGUACAUCGGAGCCACGGUGAAGGGUAAUGAGGAGGAGGAUGGCACACUGGCUCUGACUUCAAUUCAGCAGACUUCAAUUCAGGGCCAAAGCGGGGAGUUUUACAAAGUGCAGCUGCCCUCCAGUCUGGCAGCAGGUGCUCAGCUGAAAGUGAAGGUGGAGAUGAUGUUCAGCCACGUGCUGAAGCCCUUCCCCACACACAUCACCCAGGCCGAGCGCCAGCUGGUGGUGUUUCAGGGAAACCACUACCUGUUCUCGCCGUACCCCACUCGCAGCCAGACCACGCGUGUCCGUCUGGCCUCCAAGACCGCGGAGAGCUACACCAAGCUGGGCAACCCCGCCAAGUCCGACGAGGUCCUAGAGUACGGACCCUUCCGCGACGUGGCUCCGUUCAGCGAGGACACCAUGAAGAUCCAUUAUGAAAACAAUUCGCCCUUCCUCACCAUCAGCAGCAUCACUCGCAUUAUUGAGGUGUCUCACUGGGGCAACAUUGCAGUGGAAGAGACAAUCGACUUGAGGCACACAGGAGCAAACCUUAAGGGCCCCUUUUCACGUUACGAUUACCAGCGUCAGUCAGACAGCGGCAUCUCAUCUGUCAAGUCCUUCAAGACUAUCCUUCCUGCCUCAGCUCAGGACGUUUACUACAGAGACGAGAUCGGGAACAUCUCCACCUCCCACCUUCAGGUUCUGGAUGACUCUGUGGAGGUGGAAGUCAGGCCUCGCUUCCCCUUGUUUGGAGGCUGGAAGACUCACUACAUCAUCGGCUACAAUCUGCCCAGCUACGAGUACCUCUACACCCUAGGUGACCAAUAUGCCCUGAAGAUGAGACUAGUUGACCAUGUGUAUGAUGACCAGGUCAUCGACUCAAUGACUGUGAAAAUCAUCCUGCCGGAGGGGGCCAGAAACAUCCAUGUGGACACACCUUACAAAAUCGAUCGCAUGCCAAACCAGCUGCACUAUACAUAUCUGGAUACCUUUGGCCGACCAGUGCUGGUCGCCACCAAGAACAACCUGGUGGAGCAGCACAUUCAGGACGUUGUGGUUCAUUAUAACUUCAACAAGAUCCUGAUGCUGCAGGAGCCUCUGUUGGUUGUGGGGGCCUUCUACAUUCUCUUCUUCACUGUCAUCAUUUAUGUCCGUCUUGACUUUGCCAUCACAAAGGACCCUGCUGCUGAGGUCCGUAUGAAGGUGGCCUCCAUCACAGAGCAGGUGCUGACUCUGGUUAACAAACGUCUGGGUCUGUACAGACACAUGGACGAGGUGGUGAACCGCUACAAGCAGUCCCGCGACACCGGGGCGCUCAACAGCGGCCGUAAGACGCUGGAGGCCGACCACCGCGCUCUUACCAAUGAAAUCAGCUCACUGCAGGCCCGCCUCAAAGCUGAGGGCUCCGAUUUGGCUGAUAAGGUUGGCGAGGUGCAGAAGCUGGACGGCCAGCUGAAAGAGCUGGUGUGUCGCUCCAGCCAGGAGGCGGAGCGGCUGGUGGCGGGUAAGGUCAAGAAGGAGGCUUACAUCGAGAGCGAGAAGACUCUGAUCAGCAGGAGACAGGAGCUCGUCGGCCGCAUCGACAGUCUGCUGGACGCGCUCUAAGAUACAUAAAAAACACACACACACACACACACACACACACACACACACACACACACACACACACACACACACACACACACACACACACACACACACACACACACACACACACACACACA